GGGUCGGUCGGGAUUUGGACCCAAGGGUUCCUCCAAAAACAUCAGGUCACAAGUCAUCAGGCUCCAUUCAGUCACCUCUCAUGGUCCUCCACAAACAUCCGCCAUCGAAACCAUCCGUGACAAAUCAAGGAAACGCAACACCGCCGUGGCAGCCAUUUGACCGGAUGGUUUCGUCCGGUUUGGUCCAUGUCAUCCGAUUUGGGGGGAUGUCACCCCCCUCGAUUUCAUUGGGAAGAGGAGUCUCCCAACCGUGUAGGUCAGUGGCCGGCCGGAGAGGGCGUUGAGAGGUCAAUGCACUUUUGUCCGGUCAAUCAAGAAUUUAUCGUUGGCAAUCCACCACCGGGUCAACGUGGGGAUAUCUGGAGGAAGCCACCAUGGGACAUUGGUGUGUUCUGCAGAGCUUAGAUGAAACUGUGAGGAUGUCCUGAGAAAAGAUUGAGUCAUCAUUAUAAGACAGUGUGGCUGGUCCGCAUCCUGGUUCCUGAAUUUGAUCGCCAAGUGAUGCUCCUGCAGCUUCGACGAUGCAUCCUCAUUCUUUUGUGUUCUUUUCGGGUGAAAUCGUGUGUUGAAGCCACUGUGUGAGGCCCUUACCCACGCUCGGCUCCACACACCUCCGCCGUCGGUCUCCGGGUGAAGGCCGCGUUCGCGGCCGCGAGGAGAUGCGAGCGCUGAAGAUUCCCAUGGACGUGAUCUCCUACAGCGUGGCCUUGCGAGCGGCUGAGAGCUCCGAGAUGGCCAAGCAGUUCAUGUCGGAGAUGCAGGAGGACGCCAUCAUGGCCGACAACGUCGUCUACGGGGCGGCCGUGGGCGCCUGCGACCGUAACCAGGACCUGCCCUUGGCGCUCAGGUUCUUAGAGAACAUGAAGCUUAGUGCUUUGCAGCCGGAUUUGAUCAUCAUGAACUCGGCCAUCAGUGCCAGCGAGAAGGCCGAUGCGUGGGAAGAGGCACUGAGCCUUCUGUCAGAGGCGGAACUCUCACACUUGCAUCCCGACAUUGUGUCCUACAGCGGCUGCAUCAGGGCCUGUGGAAAGAGUGGCCAUUGGGAGUGUGCCGUGCACCUCUUAGAGGAUGCGAGGCGGAAUUAUGCAGCUCCCGACGGCAUCGCAUACAGUGCUACCAUAGAUGCAUGCCAAGUGGGCAUGCAGUGGGACAAGGCUGUGCGGCUGUUGCAGGUGAUGCGCUCGGAGGGGCUCACGCCGGACGACGGGACGAUGAUCUCAGUGAUCAUGUCGUGCCGCGAAUGUGAGCAGAUUGCUGUGGCCGAGGAGCUUCAAGAGCUGCUUGACGACAUGAGGACCCAGCGCAAAGAGCAUGUGAAUGCUGAGCGGACAUAGACGGCCUUGGUCAAAAAGGCGUUGACCUGGAGUUCUGGGCAGCAGUUCCAAGCUACAUUUCCAAGAAGCAAACGGAAGAUUGGCU